AUGAUGGUCAUAGACGCCCGCACGCGGUUGACAACAUAUCUUGUUCCGCGAGGCUUCGAGGCUGCUGUUGAUGCGGCCGGUUGUACGACCAAACGGCCAUUUGCCUUGCUCGGCGUCGUACUUGACCCCGCCAGAGAUCACACAACCACACUCCAUAAUGCUUGUGCAGAGGCACGUAUAACGCUCGCUUACCUAGCCAAAGCCUGGCUAUUUACCGCUAUGGUGCUCCGCACAACUAUCAAUUCGUUUACGAAUUCAUAG